AUGGCACGGUGGUGGCAGCUCCUGCUAAGGUUGUGGACAGUCAUGCCCACCUGGGCUGGGGAUGAGCUGCUCAAUGUCUGCAUGAAGGCCAAACACCACAAGAGAGAGCCCAGCCCAGAAAACAAGCUCUUUGUGGAGUGCAGCCCCUGGAAGGACAAUGCCUGCUGCACAUUCCACACAAGCUGGGAAGCCCACCUGGAUGUGUCCCUGCUCUACAACUUCAGCUUGGUUCACUGUGGAGUGCCCACCCCAAGCUGUCAGCAGCACUUCAUCCAGGCCGUCUGCUUCCACCAGUGCUCCCCAAACCUGGGGCCUUGGAUCCAGCCACUGGGCCCGAGUGGGCCGGAAGAGCGAGUUUUGAAUGUGCCACUGUGUCGGGAGGACUGCGAGCGGUGGUGGACAGACUGCCACUCGUCUUACACCUGCAAAUCCAACUGGUUUGGCAGCUGGGACUGGAGUCAGGGGAAAAGCCGCUGCCCCGAAGAGGCCCCCUGCCUCCCUUUCCCCCAUUACUUCCCCACCCCGGCAGACCUGUGUGAGAAGAUUUGGAACAAAUCCUUCAAGGCGAGCCCUGAGCGCCGGAAGAGUGGGCGGUGUCUCCAGAAGUGGUUCGAGCCUGCUCGGGGCAACCCCAACCUCGCUGUGGCCCGCCUCUUCGCCAGCCCUGCCCCAGCCUGGGAACUCUCCUGCCCUCUCCUGCUCUUCUUUCUGUUCCUGCCAUUCCUUUUCUGAGAGCCCCUUCUUCUCCCACCAGCUAUGGGCUGGGCCAGCCCAUGGUCACCUCCUGCCUCAAGGCCUUUCCUAAAAGGAGCAGCACAGCCUGGGGUGGGUGGGACAUGAAGGUUGCAGCGGCUGCUGCCUGAGCCCUGCACAUUUGGUCGAAGGCCCCCUCCACUGCUCUGCUGUGCCUUAGCUGUCCUGGGAGGCAGCUGGGGGCCAAGCUGCAAAUGUUACCUGCCCCACCCUUGCCUUUAGGGAUGGGGGCUAUGAUGGGAUUCCAGGCCCUCCUCGUCCAGUACACUCCCACCCCCUUCCAUGGCAGAGCUGGUGGUGACAGCCCUUGCUGCAAUGGUGCCUCCAAUAAAAUGACAGUCGACCUCU